AUGGCUGAUUGCCCUCUCUGGCAAAAGGGCUCAAAGAAGAAGAAAUCUAGCAGAUAUGAUGACUCCGAUGACAAAAGGAAGAAAUCCUCAAAGUCUUCAUCAAAAUCUUCAUCGCGCAAGAAAAGCAGUUCUGGUAGAGCUCGUGCAGUCAUUGCGAAGGAAAUGGAUUCUGAGGAAGAAUCUGAUCAAGAGGAAGCUGAGAAAUUUGAGGAGUCAGACUCUGGAGUGGCGAGCCUAGCUCUCGCUACUGAGUUCAUCAACAAGUCCAUCUUCAACCUUGAAGACAAUGGUGACUCCACCAACAACGAGGAUUGUGCUGAUGACUGCACUCCCACCUAUUGCUUCAUGGCAAGAGGUGCAAAGGUAACCUCACGAGAAGCUUACUUUGAUACUUCCAGUGAUGACGACUCUAAAUGUGAAGCAAACCCUAGCUAUAAGAAAUUGGCUAAAAUUGCAACUGAACAACAAACUGCUAUGGAAAAGAUGGAAAAAUUGCUAGACAAAAGUGAUGAUCUCUUAGAUGAGGAAAUGGAUCAUAGUCAAGCUCUGUAA